GUCAAUCUAUAUAUGAUUAUUGUAUAAUCACUGAAGAGCAUAAAGAAUAUCUUUGGUCUUCAAAAAAUUAUUCCAAUAUAUCUCAUCAUACUGGUCAAUUUCUUGAUAAAGAAAUUAUUAAUGUUGUUGAAGAUAUUGGUCCUGAAAAAAUAGCCACAAUUGUAUCUGAUAAUGCAGCUAAUAUUCUUUCAGAACAUGAGAAUGAUCUUAAACCUCAAAUUAAGGACAUUCUUCGCGAUCAAAUUUUUUAUGAAGAUUGUCGGCUUAUUGCAUCUAUUCUUCAUCCUUUCAAAAUUUCUGUUGGAUGUCUAGAAUUGAGAACCUCUAAUCUCACUGAUUGCUAUGUCUAUUUAGUAUUAUUAGCAAAUGCAAUUUUUCGUAUACCAAAUCAAAAUAUAGCAUUUAAAAAUUAUUGUAGCGGCAUUGAUUCGCAAAAAUUUCAUGAUAUUAAUAUAAUAGCUGUACAGAUUUGGAAAGAUAUAGGACAUGAUCAAGAAUUGUAUAUCUCAGCAGAUAACGACAAUAUUAGUACAGAAAUAGAUAUAUCUCAGAUAUAUACUUUAGAUAUUAUAAAGGAUAUAGAUAUUGGGCUGCAAAUGUUCAAUAUAGACCAAAGAACAUGUGAAGAGGAGGUAACAGGCAGUUCAAGAAGACAAGCUAUUGUACUAGAACCACAACGCAAUGAUUUUGAUGUUGAAUCACUAGCUAGAAAUAUGUCAAUAGAAAUUAACAAUGUUGAGGAUUCUUAG